AUGAGUGCGCCGGUGAAAGAGGGCGCCUCUUUCCCGUGGACCCUGAAUCCGACCGGCUUGCUGAACGACCUGACCGUGUGGUUGGGCCUCUAUGCUGCGACCAUCCCAGCCAAGGAGCUUUUGAACGUGAUCUUGAAGUUUGUGGGUGACCACGUAAUCGGCUAUACGCGGAUGGAUGAGGGUGACCAGAAGGUCCCCAAAUUGGAGGUUCUUGAGAUGCAUGACCUUUGUUACCUGGCGGUGAACACCAUCGUGGAGUUCUUGGGAAUGAAUCAUACGGGUGCCUUCCUCCUUGGAAGCUCCUUGGAGUAUGACCCCAGGGGAUUCAACAUCUUCAAUGGCCCACUCGCCUUCAUCGCUGUCUUUGUGCUCAACGACCUCAUCUACUAUCCUUUCCACCUGAUCGCGCACAGGCGCAUUUUCUACCCGUAUUGCCACAAGCAGCAUCACCGACAGUUCGUGCCCUUCCGUGGCUACGCGGAUGCCGCGAAUCAGCACCCCUUGGAACAGAUGUAUGGCUUCUCCAUUUGGAUUGGCAGCCUUUGGAUCAUCUCCAAGCUCUUGGGAUUGCACGCAGCAACCGCUUGGUUUGGAACCAUCGCCUGGGCGGUCUUGAACAUUUGUAACCACCUGCCCUUCGACACGUGCAUCCACCUCCCUGUCCCGUACCCUGCUUUGCCCAAGGAUCACAACACGCACCAUCGCUUUCCAAACACCAACUACGCGACCCUUAGCACCAUGACGGACCGCGCUUUUGGCACCUUCCGGCCGUACAGAGCUGCUGGGAAGGCAGUCAAUGAGAAUGACGAGCAGGAGAUUCCAAGUCUCAGAGAGGCCGUGCCUUCGCAAUGGUCUUUCCUUUGCAUUGGCGUCCUCCUUUUCUUUUCCCUUUUGGCGGUCGAGGCGGUGCAGCUUGGCGGUGCACUGCCCUCACGCUCGAUGUCAGCGUUUCAGAGCUCUGCCCUCCUCCUUUUGACCUUGAGCUUCACCUCUUGGGCGGUGCGGCCCACAGGGGUUGCUCCUCUGCCAGACUCCGCCCGACCACAGCGCUUUCGGCUCAAGCAGCGGCGGCGCGGGCCGUCCGAGUCCACGGAGAACCCGAGUCCAAGACACGGCAGUGAGCAAGUUUCGUGCUUUAGGGCUGCGAUGGAUGAUGACGAGCUGGAGUACACCCUCUUGAACAAGAGGGAGGUCUUGGUCUAUCAGAUUCCACCCGCUUCGUCCUCCACCGGGCACAAGGCGGAUGAUUGGAAGAAAUGUAUUUGGCGAGGCCGGCUUAGGAUCGCUGGGAAGGGCAAAGACCUUUCCGUGAAGCUUUUGGACGGCGGUAGCGGGAACCUCUUCGCGCAGUGUGCAAUCCCGAACGGGGACUACACCAACUAUGUGGAGCGCGUCGUCGACUCGAGCCGCUACUUCGUUCUGAAGAUCACCAACGGCGACCGGCAUGCCUUCAUAGGCCUCGGCUUUGAGGAUCGGAACGACGCCUUUGACUUCAACUGCACCUUGGCGGAUUUCAAGUCUACAUGGAUCGACCGAGAGAAGGAAGCUGAGACCCCACAGCCGGCUGUGCCCAGCAAGGACCUCUCACUGAAAGAGGGUCAGACCAUCAAGAUCAACUUGCCGGGCGGAAAGAACCGCCGGCGAGAGGAGAAAGUGGAGUCUGGCUACGGUGGCGGCAUUCUGGCGCCGCCUCCGAGCGGUGGCUCCAGGCGGCAGGCGCCGGCGCCGGCGGCAGCUGCAGCUGCACCUGUUGCUGCACCUGCCGUAGCCUGGAGGGCAGAGGCCCCUGGAAACGACUUCUUCGGUGACUUCCAUGACUUCCAGGCUGCGCCUGAAAACGGAGGAUCUGGAAGUACCCCACAGGCGGACCCCUUUCCAGCCGACCCCUUUGCAGGGCCCUUGAGAUCGCCUCAGGCGUCGCCUGCGCCCGCGGUGACCUCACCUGUGCGCGACUCCGAUCCCUUUGGAGGUCCUUCUAGAUCGCCUCAGGCGCCUUCGCCGGCCGCGGAUCCCUUUGGAGGUGCACCUGCACAGGCACCAUGGCCUGACUCAUUUGGAGGCUUCUCCAGCGCUCCGGCAGCUGCACCGGCACCGGCCUUCAAGCCAACAACGGCCGUUCCGGCCGUUCCGGCCGCGGUUCCGGCGGCGCAAGCGCCCAUCAGGCCGUCGCCUGCACGGGGCCGUGACCCCUUCGACGACCUGGAUAUCUUCAAGUGAGGCCACUCUUUCCGUCUCCCGUGAGAUUCUGCCAAAGUCGUUCAUCUCACGGACUCGAGCGUCUCGCCAACAGCUUGGCCGAAGCCGACUCGCUUCCGUGUGCAAAGCCGCCCAGGACCUCUUGCAGACGACGGAGGACCUCCGCUCAGCUCAACAAAAAGACAACGCACGGACGGCUGUCGCACGCGCUGCGAGACCGUACCGGGCCUCGCUUCUGACGGCAGUCGCUGGGCAGCAGGAGCGCGUGGCCGCAGGAGCGAGUGGCCCAGCUGUGGCCCAGUUGUGCGUGUGGAAGAAAGGACGCAAAGUGUGUUUGAAUGGAUA